GCUUCUAUUUGGUUAACUUUGCGGAAGAGGAAGUGUGUUGCCGGACCAGUGAUUACGGAAUUAAGUGCCCAAGCAGAAUCAAAUAAAUAAAGGAUUAAUCUCGAAAUACCACCCGUGUAAUCCUUUAACUCUGUCCACGAUGUCUCGGCAAUCUAACCGAACAACAGACAGCAAGAAAAUGAACUCUGAGCUGUUCACAUUGACCUAUGGGGCCCUGGUGACCCAGCUUUGUAAAGACUACGAGAACGACGAAGAAGUCAAUAAACAGCUGGACAAGAUGGGAUACAACAUUGGAGUGCGUCUGAUUGAGGACUUCUUGGCACGUUCCAGCAUCGGCAGGUGUCAGGAUUUCCGAGAAACAGCCGAUGUCAUCGCUAAGGUUGCAUUUAAGAUGUACCUGGGAAUUACCCCCAGUGUGACCAACUGGAGUCCAGGAGGAGAUGAAUUUUCUCUCAUUCUAGAGAAUAACCCGCUGGCUGACUUUGUGGAGCUUCCAGAUAACCACAGCGCACUGAUUUACUCCAACCUACUGUGUGGUGUCCUCAGAGGAGCCCUGGAGAUGGUCCAGAUGGCAGUGGAUGUGAAGUUUGCCCAGGACAGUCUCAGAGGGGACAACGUUACUGAAAUCCGCAUGAAGUUCAUCAAGAGGAUUGAAGAAAACCUUCCAGCCGGAGACGAGUGAUGGGAAAACAAAGACACUUUUAUUUUGUUGAGGUGUAUUUUUUUUGUUGUCUGGCAUGUUUAUUAAUUUAUGUACAUAAUAUUUCUCAAUUAAAUCAACAUUAAGCAAUGAA